AUGGGUAUCUGCUCGUCCUGUCUAGGCCUGGAGCGGCGUUCUUCAGACACUGAGGUGACCAAGAUCAGGACAGAUGACACGGGAACUGUUGUGCUAACCCAUCCCUUGCAGAACGCCGACAGCUCCCAUCUCCUCGCGGACCCCUACCAGCCCCAAUAUGGCAGUAUCAAUGGCCCCAACUCGCACCAUACCCCCCAGCCCGACCCUGAAGAGAUUCGACGCCAGAGAGACGCGUUGGAGCGUAUCUGUGCCCAGACAUCUGACAAGUUGAUCCACGUCUCCCACGCCACAUACACCGAUCAAGCUACAAAUUCAGAAUACCACCGCCUUUUUCACGAGCGUUUUCCUCCAGCCGCAUCGAGCCGCCCAGCGUCUGCCAAUCCUGACAUGGAAGAAGACGAGGCAACAUGGCUUGCCAACAUAAUUGGCAGCUCGAACGACGCCGAGGGCAGCUGGGAACGUGUCCAGCCCAUAGAAUCAGGGGCCCUGACAAUUCAGUUCGGCGACGCCCUGGGGUUAGAUAAGAAACGGUAA